AUGAAGACUGGAAGACAGAGUCUGAGCAAAUCCAUGUUUGAUCUGUCCAACUCCAGCCCUCACAGCCACAUACAGCGUUACGACCGUGUGUCCAGUGUCCAGAGCAGCAGUGCGUCAUCCUCGAAGACGGAGUUACUGGAGAGCAGCCGUAGCCUUGAGUCCAUCACGUUGUCAGGGGAUGAGAGAUGGCAGAGAGAUCUGGGGAAGGUGUGUGUCCGGCUGAGUUACCAAGAGGCCCUGGAGCAGGUGUGGAUCACGUUGGUACAGUGUAAGGAUGUGUACCUCGCUCAGGACAGCAGUGAGCAGCAGAAGAUUGGCUUUAAAGGCAUCAUCACUAUGACCAAACCAGUACAGUUCAAGAGCUCCGUGAAGGAAGGCUCUCCGGACACAGUCUUCAUGGAGACCUUUGUGUUUGCGUUGCGGCUGCAACAGCUGCGUUGCAGUGGUCUGGUCCUCCGGCUGCAGACCCACCACCCCAGGAAGAGGACGGUGGCAGAGUGUGUCCUCUCCCUCAGACAGCUGGGCCCUGAGGAGGCACAGCACUGGAUGGAGCUCAGCCCCCCCUCCAAGACCCCUGUGUGUCACGUUGAGCUGCACCUGGCCACCUGUUUCCAGCCUAUUAACGGACGCAUGCAACUGCAGGUUCUCGCUGCCCAGAACCUCCCUGCUCCACUCAGCCAGGCGUUCUUUGUGAAGAUAGAGAUGCAGCAGCUGGGCAGGGUGGUGAUGGAGAAGAAGACUCGAGCCCUGAAGUCCUCCGGAGGUCAGCUGACCUGGACCGAAUCUUUCUACUUCCCCUUAGCUCAGAACCAGGGCUUCCUGCUGUCAGUCAAACUCUACAGCCGCAGCUCUGUCAGACGGAAACACUACCUUGGACAGGUUCACCUUGGCUUCGACAGCCCAACACAGGAAGCAGCAGAGCAGUGGAGGGACAGCAUGUCUCACCCUGAGAAGGUGAUGGCUGUAUGGCACAGACUCAAUGGAUCCUGAGGCACCUGUAGAAACUCACACAGUCCCAAAGGAGUUGACAGCCUCACCUGUACUGCCACCUGCACCUGUACUGCCACCUGCACCUGUACUGCCACCUGUACCUGUACUGCCACCUA